AUGCCUCGCGAGAUCAUCACCAUCCAAGCCGGUCAGUGUGGGAACGCAAUAGGGUCGAGGUUCUGGCAGCAACUAUGUCAAGAACACGGUAUUAGCCGCGACGGCAACCUCGAAGACUUUGCGACCGAGGGCGGUGACCGCAAGGACGUCUUCUUCUACCAAAGCGACGACACUCGAUACAUCCCUCGCGCCAUCCUCGUCGAUCUGGAGCCACGAGUCAUCAACAGCAUCCAGCAAGGGCCCUACAAGAAUAUUUACAACCCCGAGAAUUUCUUCGUGGGCGAACAUGGCAUGGGCGCAGGCAACAACUGGGCGGCGGGGUAUGCCGCGGGUGAGAGGGUACAAGAAGAGAUAUUUGACAUGAUUGAUCGAGAGGCCGAUGGUAGUGACUCGCUCGAGGGUUUCAUGCUACUUCAUUCUAUUGCUGGUGGUACCGGUUCAGGCCUGGGCUCAUAUCUGCUGGAACGAAUGAACGAUCGAUUUCCCAAGAAGAUCAUCCAGACGUACUCGGUAUUUCCCGACACGGCCAUCGGCGACGUCGUCGUCAACCCUUAUAACAGUCUGCUCACCAUGCGUCGCUUGACCCAGAAUGCCGAUUCGGUGGUGGUCCUGGACAAUGGCGCGUUGUCAAGGAUAGCAUCCGAAAGACUGCACGUGCCCGAACCCUCGUUCCAGCAGACGAACCAACUGGUCUCGACCGUCAUGUCGGCCUCGACCACCACGUUGAGGUAUCCCGGCUACAUGCACAAUGACCUCGUGGGCAUUAUCGCCUCGCUCAUUCCCACACCGCGCUGUCACUUUCUUAUGACCGCAUACACCCCUUUUACGGGCGACAACGCGGAAGCGGCAGCAACUGUACGAAAGACCACCGUGCUGGACGUCAUGCGUCGUUUGCUCCAGCCUAAGAACCGAAUGGUGUCGAUCAAUCCGUCCAAGUCGUCCUGCUACAUGUCCAUUCUCAAUAUCAUCCAGGGCGAAGCAGACCCUACGGACGUGCACAAAUCGCUUUUGCGGAUCCGCGAGCGACGAAUGGCAAACUUCAUCCCAUGGGGCCCUGCCUCGAUUCAAGUCGCACUGACCAAGAAGUCUCCGUACCUGCAGAAUACCCACCGCGUGUCGGGACUGAUGCUCGCAAACCACACUAGUGUCGCGACUCUAUUCCGGCGUAUCGUCGUACAGUAUGACAAAAUGAGGAAGCGGAAUGCCUACCUCGAGCAGUACAAGAAGGAAGCCCCGUUUGCUGAAGGGCUGGGAGAAUUCGACGAGGCCAAAGAAGUGGUGAUGGGAUUGAUAGGGGAAUAUGAGGCCGCUGAGAAGGACGAUUAUCUGGAUCCCGACGCUGGCGAGAAGAGGGCUGAUGGCUCGUGA